CCUAUGUUGUAGCUGACUGACUGACGCGUAGAAACCAAUUUGAUUAAAACAACACUAUUGAAUGUUCAAUGUCAUUUAUUCUUCAUCAAACACAUUAUACAUCUAUAAAAACAACCUUUAGAAAUUCUGCAAAACUUUUAUUACCAUCUAAGGCAUUAUCUAACAAACAUUAUAAGAGUAAAUUAGUUGUGGCAGAUACUACUGGUGAUAUACAUUCAUUUCAAUAUAUUAAUGGAUUAAAGCAUACAAAAUUUUCUGUGGGAUCACCAAUUACAUGUAUUUGUAUUGGAACAUAUCAAAAUAAUGAGAAACAACGUAUUAUUAGUGUUUGUCAUAAUUUUAAUAUAUCUGGAUUUACAUUAAAAGGAAAACAUCUUUUUGAAUAUCCUUCAGCUAUUCAAGGUCAUGUGAAUUCAAUGUUUAUACAAUCUACAAAUAUUUAUUAUACUGUAGGAUGUAUGUAUCAACAAUUAACAAAUUUUAAAGAUACUGAAUUUCUUCUAUUACCUGAUAUUAUUACAAGUAUAUAUGUGAUUAAUAAUGAUGGUACAUGUUCAAUACCACUUGUUGUUCUUGCUUGUAAAGAUAAAUUAAUACGUAUUUUGAAAAAUGGUGUACUGUUAUGCGAAUUGGAAAUUUCUAGUUCACCAGUCACCAUAAAUAGAGCGCAUAAAAGUUAUCCUUCAAAUUAUUUAAUGUAUGGAACAUCAGAAGGUUAUUUUGGUCUUUUUCAAGUGACAAGUGAAAAUGUCACAAGAAUAUGGGAAGCCUCAUCAAAAUUUGGUACCAGUGAAAUUCUAUCACUGGAACACUAUGAUAUGUUGAAUUAUGACGAUAACAAAAACAAUAGCAAUGAUGAUGAUGAUAGUGAAAAUACUGAAGAGGUAUUAAUUGUUGCUUUCACAAAUGGAAGAAUCGAACUGUAUAAAUAUGAUCAACAUAAAUAUCCAUUACUGAUGUAUGAAACGAAAGUGAAUUAUCACUUAACAUCCGUGAUGGCUGGUCGAUUUUCUAAUGUAAAUUAUCCGGAACUUUUAUGCAUUACAUAUACUGGUUUGAUUUUUGGUUUAACUACACAACCAAUCAGAAAAGAAACAUUCUUCGAUCAACCUGACGUAAUGGAACUUCAAUUUAUGUCAAAAGUGGAUAAAUUAAAUGAAGAAAUUUCAAAUUUAGAAAAUCAAUUACAAUUAAUGAAAUUGAAUCAAAAACAAAUUGAAAAAGAACAAAUUAUUUUACUACCAUUAGAAUUAGAUUAUAAAUUUUAUUUAAAUAAAGACCUAUCUGUAUAUUGUUUAAAUAUAGAAACCCAAAUACCAAUUGAUCAUAUAUUAAUACAAAGUAAUUGUCCAAUUGAUUUAUUCGAUAUUGAAGAGAAUACAGCUGUAAGUAGUUCAAGUGAAUGUACAAAAGAUGACGGGAAUGCAUUAUUGACAACGUAUCGGUGCCAAGUGAAUACAACACGGUUUGACAUUCAAUUUCGUACGGUUGAAGGUCAUUACGGUCAUGUAUCUGUGUAUGUAGUACCAAAAAUAAAUUUAUCAAUUAUGGUUACAUGUAAAUGUAUUAAGCUAUUAAUACAUCCAUUAUCAUUACAUUGUUUAACUCAUCAUAUAGAAGAUGAACCGUUAAAAAGAUAUUGGAACAGUUUACAACUAACUGGAAAUUUCUCUUUAACGGAAAUGCAUAAUUGGUUAUCUAUGUGCUUACCUGAAACCCCUGAAAGGCCCACAAUAAUUAAUUCGGAUACAAAACAAGGUGAUAAAAAUGACAAUCACGAUAGUGAAGAAUCUGCGCGACUGUUCUAUAAAUCAAUUUAUCUUAAAAGUCAAUUGAAAUGCGUUUAUGCAAAAGGUUAUGCUAAUCUCCAAUCGGACAAUCUCUCUACAAUUGCUAUAUUGAAAGAUGUCUUAACUAAAGAAGCUACUAGAAAGAAAAUUCAAUUAUCAAUUAACUUAGAUAUUCAAAUGGAUAGUAUAGAAUAUGUGUUAAGAAUGAUUGAUACCAAACUAGUUUAUCUUAAUGAAUUAGAAAAGAAAGUGAAAUUAAUCAAACCAAUAACAGAGUUAAUUUCAAAUGAAAUUCAAUCUAACAAUAGAGAUAAUUGUUUAUUUAAACAAAUUACUCCAAAUGAUAAUCCAUUACCACCAGAUUAUUUACCAUUAGAAUAUGUACAAAUAUGGAGAGAUUCAAAUAAAUUAAAACAAGAAUUCAAAUAUCAAUCAUGUCAAUUAAAUAGAUAUUAUGAGUGUAUUGUCGGUCUCUACAUUGAUAAAUAUCGUUUUCAAGGGAAAGAUGUAAGCUAUAGAAAGAAUGAUUUAUUUAAACUAUUGGAAAAUUAUAAUCUGGAUAAAUUAAUUGAAUAUUUUAACCAAGAACUAUCUGUAUAAAAUCUGCCUUUUUUCGCUUGUUUGUUAUUUUUUGAGCGAUAUCUUUAUAUUUAUAUGCUUGUAAUGAUUGAAUUUUAUGGUAAAUACAUUAACUUAAUA